GCAUUGGGAGCUUUAUAUAUGUAAACCACGAGAAAACCUGGGACGAGCUGAGCGACGGCGACCCCCAUUCAACUCCGUUACAGCUUUGAUCCUCGUCCAAGACUCCACCUUUUCCGCUCUAGACUCCGUCACCUUCAUCGCCUUCGUCUUCGCAGCUCGAGUGUGGAGGUUGUUUUGAGUUGUGUUGAAGAGGGUUCUGAAGCUCAUCGAAGCUUUUGAAUUUCGGCAGUGUUGGUUUUUAUUACAGACGUUAUGGGUGUCGAAAGCAAGCUUCGUUUGAUUACGUAUUCGGAAGAGAUAGUAGAUGGGCAACCGAUCUAUGUUUCUUCAAACGGCCUUCCUGUGAAGGCUGUGGGGAAAGAACCGGCUGGGCAUUCUUUCCAUGCGGUGGCUCUUAAGUUCCGUGGUUGGGUAGAGGAAGUUGCGAGUGCUGACGAGCCGAAGGCAGUUGAUGGCAAGGAGCAGACUUCGCUGCCGACGUUUGAUUCGUAUAGCAGCAGCAAAGGUAAAAAGAAGUCGGGUGGUGAAGGGAAACAACAGGAUCACUAUGCAUUGCUAGGUUUGAGUCAUUUAAGGUAUCUCGCCACUGAGGAGCAGAUAAGGAAAAGCUACCGUGAGACUGCCUUGAAAUAUCAUCCUGACAAGCAGGCUUCGCUUCUGCUUGCUGAGGAAAGUGAAGCUGCCAAGGAGACAAAGAAGGAUGAGAUAGAGACCCACUUCAAGUCCAUUCAAGAAGCGUAUGAGGUCUUAAUUGAUUCUGUGAAGAGAAGAAUCUACGACUCCACUGAUGAGUUUGAUGAUGAGAUCCCCACUGAAUGUGCCCCACAGGAUUUUUUCAAGGUGUUUGGUCCUGCUUUUAUGAGGAAUGGGCGGUGGUCAGUUAACCAACCAAUCCCAUUUUUAGGUGAUGAGAAUACUUCAUUGAAGGAAGUAGAUGAUUUUUAUAAUUUCUGGUACACCUUCAAGAGCUGGAGGGAGUUCCCCCAUGAGGAGGAGUUUGAUCUUGAGCAAGCUGAAUCUCGUGAUCAUAAGAGGUGGAUGGAGAGGCAAAAUGCAAAACUUACAGAAAAGGCUAGAAAGGAGGAGUAUGCAAGGAUACGUACUCUUGUUGACAAUGCCUAUAAAAGAGACCCUAGAAUCGUGAAGAGAAAGGAAGCAGAGAAAGCUGAGAAGCAGAAGAAAAAGCAGGCCAAGUAUUUGGCCAAGAAAUUACAGGAGGAGGAAGCAGCCAGGGCAGCUGAAGAGGAGAAGCAACGGAAAGAGGAGGAGGAGAAGCGAGCUGCAGAAGCAGCAUCACAGCAGAAGAAACUAAGAGAGAAAGAGAAGAAACUGUUGCGCAAGGAGCGGAGUCGUCUGCGAACACUUUCUGGGCCUGUUAUAUCGCAGCGUGUGCUCAAUCUUGCUGAGGAUGAUGUGGAAAGCCUUUGUAUGUCUCUUAAUAUUGAGCAGAUUAGGAAUAUAUGUGACAGGAUGGAGGGCAAAGAGGGGGUAGAGCGAGCAAAAGUUCUUAGAGGUGCACAUGGUGGAGAUAACAAUGAUGUAGAGGGAAAGAAAGAAGAGGAGAAGAAAACUCCACAACAGAAUGGUUCUGUGGUGAGUAAUGGUACCGUUCUGUUAAGUAGCUAUGAGAAGAAGGAGAAACCGUGGAGCAAAGAAGAGAUUGAGCUUUUGAGAAAAGCAAUGGUGAAAUUUCCAAAAGGAACAUCUCGAAGGUGGGAAGUUGUAUCAGAUUUCAUUGGUACUGGAAGAUCUGUGGAAGAAAUUCUGAAGGCAACUAAAACAGUUCUCCUCCAGAAACCUGAUUCUAGCAAAGCUUUUGAUUCUUUUCUUGAAAAGAGGAAACCUGCACCAUCUAUUGACUCACCACUUACAACUAGAGUGGAAGUAGAAGGGGUAUCAUUGACUCCUCAGGAAACUGAAAACAGUGCUGACAAGAGUGCCAAGGCAGAAGAUAAGUCUGGAGAGUCGUCAAGUGGAAGUGCAAAAGAGCAGAGUCCUAAUGAUCCAAAUGCUGCAAAUGGAGUAUCCUCGAGUUCAGAGCAAGAUGUGUGGUCAGCUGUACAAGAAAGGGCACUAGUUCAGGCCCUGAAAACCUUUCCAAAGGAAGCCAGUCAGCGGUGGGAGAGAGUUGCUGCUGCUGUUCCUGGGAAAAGUGUGAACCAAUGCAAGAAGAAGUUUUCAUUGCUGAAGGAGAGCUUCAGAAACAAGAAGAGCUCUGCAUAAUUUACUGGGAUUUUCUUGAUGAUGAUGCAGAUUACUAAGAUGCAUGGGGAAAUCGUUUAGAGUAUCUCACACAUCUAAUUCUUUCUAGGCAGAGAUCUUUCAAGCUUUAUUUUAGGUGAAGAUUGAGAGCACUACUGGUUCUGGUUUCUGCCGUCUGGAUUUUGCCAUACUAAUAGCUAUUUGGAAGAGGGAUUAUGUUUUGUAUUAUUUUUCAUAGCAUGUUUUAUUUACUGUAUUCGGGGUUCACUGCAUUGCGAGAUCUGAGAUCUCAAGAUGCAUGAAUAUAGGAAGAGCAUUAUGAUGAGAUUAGCCGAGGUUUCGUUUUAGGGAUGGAGAAAUCUCAUUAGCAUGAUUUUAUUGAUAACCAGAUUUAUAUAUUU